CCUGAUGCCGCCCCGGCCUCUGCCGCAGGCGCCGUCCUGACGUUCCUGGACUCGCACGUGGAGUGCAAUGUGGGGUGGCUGGAGCCGCUGCUGGAGAGGGUCCGCCUGAGCCGGGCCAAGGUCUCCUGCCCCGUCAUCGAGGUCAUCAGUGACAAGGACAUGAGUUACAUGACCGUGGACAACUUUCAGCGUGGGAUUUUUACUUGGCCAAUGAAUUUUGGAUGGAGGCAGAUUCCACAAGAGGUGAUCGAGAAAAAUAAAAUCAAGGAAACUGAUAUAAUAAGGUGCCCGGUCAUGGCAGGUGGCCUGUUUUCCAUCGAUAAGAAGUAUUUUUUUGAGCUGGGAAUGUACGACCCAGGACUGGAUGUUUGGGGAGGUGAAAAUAUGGAGAUUUCAUUCAAGGUCUGGAUGUGCGGGGGAGAGAUUGAGAUUGUUCCGUGCUCCAGAGUUGGGCACAUUUUCAGGAACGACAAUCCUUAUUCCUUCCCGAAAGAUCGUGUGAGAACAGUGGAGAGGAACUUGGCCCGCGUUGCGGAGGUCUGGCUGGACGAGUACAAGGAGUUAUUCUACGGCCACGCUUACCAUUUAGUCUUGAAAAACCUGGAUGUUGGUGACCUGACUCAACAAAUCCAACUGCGAAAGAAGCUUCAGUGCAAAAGCUUCAGAUGGUACCUGGAGAACGUCUACCCGGACCUGGAAGCUCCCCUGGUUAAAGCCAGCGGGCUGCUUGUUAACGUAGCCAUGGCGAGAUGCAUCACCGUGGAAAACACUACUCUAGCUUUUGAGGCGUGCGAUGUUAACAACAAG